CUGUGACUCUCCAUUUUGAAAAAAAAAGGAAAAAGAUCGAUAGGGGCGUGGAGCACCGAGCGAGUGUUGUGAAGAAAAUUACCUAGAGUUCGGUGAAAAAAGAGAAGAAAUUAGUGUUUAAAAGCCGAAUUGCAUUUGUAUUCGUCGAAUAAGUCGGUAAAAUGGGAAACUGCCACACCGUGGGACCAAACGAGGCCCUUGUAGUUUCAGGUGGCUGCUGUGGCUCAGAUGAGAAGACAUAUGUUGUGGGAGGCUGGGCCUGGGCCUGGUGGCUCAUCUCUGACAUCCAGAGAAUGUCUCUGGAGGUUAUGACCAUCCUCUGUCGCUGUGAGAAUAUCGAAACCUCGGAGGGUGUUCCCCUGGAUGUGACAGGGGUGGCUCAGGUGAAAGUGAUGACAGAGAACGAGCUGCUGGGUUACGCCUGCGAACAGUUCCUGGGAAAGUCAGUCGUGGAGAUCAAAAGCGUCAUCCUGCAGACCCUCGAGGGUCAUCUGCGUGCCAUCCUCGGCACCCUAACUGUUGAGCAGAUUUACCAAGACAGAGACAAAUUUGCCACCCUGGUGCGAGAGGUGGCAGCACCCGAUGUCGGUCGCAUGGGCAUUGAAAUCCUCAGCUUCACCAUCAAGGAUGUGUAUGAUAAAGUAGAGUACCUGAGCUCACUGGGCAAAACUCAGACAGCUGCAGUACAGAGGGAUGCAGACAUCGGAGUGGCAGAGGCGGAGAGAGACGCUGGCAUCAGGGAAGCUGAGUGUAAGAAAGAAAUGAUGGACGUCAAAUUCUUAGCUGACACAAAAAUGGCCGACUCCAAACGAGAGCUGGAAAUGCAGAAAGCUUCCUUCAACCAGGAAGUGAAUACAAAGAAAGCAGAGGCUCAGCUGGCGUAUGAGCUGCAGGCAGCCAAAGAGCAGCAGAAGAUCCGUCUGGAGGAGAUAGAAAUCGAGGUGGUGCAGAGGAAGAAGCAGAUCACCAUUGAAGAGAAGGAGAUCGACCGCACGGACAAGGAGCUCAUCGCCACUGUGAAGAGACCUGCUGAGGCUGAAGCCUACAAGAUGCAGCAGCUGGCCGAGGGACAGAAGAUAAAGAAGGUGCUGACAGCGCAGGCAGAGGCUGAGAAGAUCCGCUGCAUCGGUGAGGCAGAGGCCGCCUCCAUCGAAGCGGUGGGAAAGGCAGAGGCUGAGAAGAUGAGGCUGAAGGCUGAAUCCUACCAGCAGUAUGGAGAGGCCGCUAAGACAGCUCUGGUCCUGGAGGCCCUGCCCAAGAUUGCCAGUAAAGUGGCUGCGCCGCUGUCUAAGACCAACGAGAUUGUCAUCCUGAGCGGAGAAGGCAGCCGCGUGACCGGAGAGGUGACCCGUUUACUAGCUGAACUCCCGGUCUCCGUCAACGCCCUCACCGGGGUGGAUCUGACUAAGAUCCCUCUGCUCCAGAAGAUGACCAGCCCACAGUGCCAAACAGCCAACUGAUGAAUCAGGCCAGAGACUCGUUCCUCUGAAUCCUUCGACAUGUAUCUGCCUCAAGAAUGAAAACAUUAUUUUCAGCCUCUGACCCCUUAUGCAACUGCCUUUGACCAAAAGCCCUCGAUACCAACCGAGAGGGUUUUUGUAUUUCUAAGAGGUUUUUUUUUUUUCGAGAAGAAAAAAAACAGGGGGCCCUAACUUUUAAAGGACCAGACUUUAUGUAUCUUCAGUUGUUUUAAGUUCUUGUUUUAGACAAAUUGAUUUUUAUCGUACUGCACUAGUUAGACAUGAUUAGAUGCUGAAGUCCUGUUCAGCCCAACAAGCAGAGUUGGCCAUUUUUGAGAGACAAAAGUCAGCACUUUUGUCUCUUUUUGAAUGUGCUGGUGUUUAACGUCAUCUAUGGGAGGAGAAACACCACAGUCUUCAGUAGUAGGUGCUGCAAAGAAUCUGAAUACUGAGCUCCUCUCCAGAGCUGUAACUCUCUGCCUGGAGUUUGGAGCGCUCCUCUUCCCUGUCAGCUCUUCUGACAUUUAUUCACCUUUGGGAGCAGAGUGAAGCGUGCCAGCUCCUGCCUGCUCUCUAAAUGAUGAUUCAUCAGAUGCUCAUAGCUCAGCUGGUGCAGAAGCAGAGUGAGAAUAGUAUGAAAUGAAUAACCUUUAUUUCCUCUCAGCAUUUAAAACAGAUUCUUACAGAUAAUUUAGACUUAUCUCUUAACUCAGAGAGAAUGGAUUACCAAACCGCUGUUACACUUAAGGCUCACCAGAUCUUCACCCACUGUGAUUGUAAGAUUUACACUAGAUUACAAUAUCUGACUUUUGAAUCAUUUGUAUGAUAAUCCUUACCUCGUGUUAUUUUGGUCGUGUUGCGUGUCUUCUCGUUCUGUUGUGCAGUGCCUGUUCACCACUCAAGUGCCCAAACCUCAGGACAGUGGUUUGGCUGUAGUUGGAUUUAUGUCAGUGUAUCACUGUGUUAUAGUUGGAUGAUGUUUAAAUAUUCCUCCCUGUUCUCAUAGCGUAAACUAAUACUAACAAUAGUAUCUACUUUUCACUUUCGUCACGUUUGGACACAAACGCUAAGCAAAGCAAACGCAGAACACAAGCCAUACUUAGAAAAGAUUAGCCUGAACAGAGACCCUGGACGCCUGCCAGGCUUACUGAAUAUUUCCACAUUACCUCAAGUAGCACUUGGUAGAUAUUCAGGGUCUGAGCUUUAAUUCACUUUGUUAGUCCUCUCUCUCUCUCUCUCUCUCUCUCUCUCUCUCGCUCUCUCUCUCUCUCGCUCUCUCUCUCUCUCCUCCUCAGCCCUCGUCCUCUCACAUGUGCUAGUGUGUUUCCUAGAUGCUGUGUGAAAUGUGCACUUUUGCAGAUUGUGUACAUAUUUUGUAAUUUUAAAGAGUAACCCCCGCACUAAAUUUUAAACCUCUGUGGGUUGAAAGCUGCCACGUGUUGCACCUCUGACCACAUCCGGUCUGUCAUGACGAAGCAGGAAUUUAAUGGAGGGAAGUUGGGAGAAUAAGCAUGUGAUCAGGUGGUAAACAUGGUGUUUUUGCUCAGGUGGUUUUCGGUUAAGUUGAGUGUAUCAACAUUACGUAUGUGUUACUUUCUUCCUGCUGAUCAGGUCAGUCUAAUUACUACAUCCAGUUUGUUGCAGUCACUUAAUCUUUAGAAGCGAGCGAUCGAUGCAACGGUUCAGCGUUUCAUCAUCACUGCGGUGAGGGAGCUCAGGGUGCAACAGCUUUCAACCUGUAGAUGGCAGCGUCUCAGCACGAUCGAACGCGUGGUACUCCUUAAAGCAGUGAGCCAUUUGUUGCCUGUCACAAAUCUAACCUUCAUAUUUCCAUAUCAGCCUCUGCUGUUCUGCUUCCCUUCCUAUCCACAUGUUUCUGUUUGGCUGCCCUUUUGUUUCUGGUGAAUCAUCGUGAAUGCUCAUUAACCACUGCUCAGAGUCUGUGACGUUUAAUAUUUUUGUUUUAUUUUGACGGUGAAGCUAUACUCGUGACAUUUUUCUUAUUUUCUGUGAAAUAAACACAAGGCUUGUGGCUUGUUUGGUUUGAGCAAAUAUCAUCUUGUUUCUGUUUUUGACACAAAUGCUCCAACUCCUUCCAAAUUUUUAUGUGUUUCUGCGGCUCCUCUACUCACUGUACAUGUGUGUGAAAACACUGCCUGGCUUUUUGCAAAUAUAAUAAUAUUACCAACCAGAUUCUUUCCCAUAAUUUGAAAUGGCCAGUAGCUUUUUUUUACAAGUGAUUAAUAGCAACUAAUAUCAGUCAUUAGUCACUGAAACCUGACAAAGAUCACCUGAUAAUGGAUACACUGCCCGAUUGUUCGCGCUGUGCUCGCUGACCGCAGCCUGGCCGAGGCUCCAGUGCCUCACCUGUCUGUGGCCAGGUGAGGCAGAGGAUGACUGACAUGUCUCUUCCUCACUCAGACAUCAACAUGAAACCUUCACACGCCUGAUUGAGCGGCUGCACCAGUUUCUAGCAGUCCACGUGUGAACUGUAAAAACUUGAUAUAAUCUUUUGCAAUGUUCCGUUUACAGAGAAAAGCAGAUUUUAUUUCUCAACACGGUGCCUUUGUUAAAUAAUGUGGAGGUCUUGAUACUUAAAUGUGCGGUUUGUUAACUAUCAAUCAUGGAAAUACUUAUGGGAUAUUCUAUCAUGAAUUUACUGUAGGACAAAGACUGACUUGUAGAAUAUAUCAACUUUAUAUAAUAUUCAACUGUAUGUUUAGCGCUUUCUGCUUUUUCUUUUAUGUGCUUCAUGACAUUCAGUAAAACAACUGUAUAAGGGAACACAGAUAUAUCUUCUUAUGACAUGAUGAAUAGAAACGUAGCAUUAACUAGCAUUUAACAGCUUUUCAUGUAGAAUCUGGACCUCUUCAAUAAUGAAUUUUUUAUUCAUUAUUUUGGCCGUUAUAUCGUGUGCCAAAAAUACACUUUCAUACUUCGCCUCGGCUAAUGAGAGCAGCAGCAACUUCCUGUUACUCCAAGUCGCAUUUGAGAGGCGAAUGUGGUUAAAGACCAAAUGUUACACACCUACCUGCUCCUGUCCUCGUCUGCAUCUGCCUGUCUGUCGUCUAACAUGGAAGUAAUCUGUAAUCUCCAUUAAAAUGAUGUAUGGAUUUAUCUUGUGGCUUCUCAUGUAACACUGGCCUUUGUAAAGCUGAUCCAGCAUGGCAUUUUAAGCAUGUGUUCAUGUAUCCUGUGUUGUGUGCCACCUUAUAAUAAAUGCUGUACCACCUUCA